UUAUUUUAUUUGGCAGAAGGCCUUGUGUAGUAACCCCCUCACACUCCUCCCUCCAUGUCAGGAUCUCUGAAUCCAAGAGCUUGUAGCUUAGCUGUUCGUCACUUCCCUUCACCCCGUCGGUUCCAUCUUCCGGCGACGUAAGAUGACGGACACAUCAGCCUCGAGUAUGGACGACGCGGUCUUAGAUAAGCCUCAAGCUCUUCAACACGACCGAUUACAUGCCGAUAAUCUCCCAGGAACCGAGAGCCUUCACACGCCAACAGCCUCAGACGAAGCAGCCGAAUCCACUCUCCUACUAUCACCCAGCGCGGAUACCCAUUCCUCUCAUCCUUAUUCCUCCCAUUCAUCGUUACUUCCCAAUAAUCUUCCCAGUUCAUGGCUCCAGUCGUCGCUGCAAGCAAUCGGCCGGAAAUUCGCAUCCAGCUUCAGAAUCUUAGGGUCCGGUGGGGUUCACUCCUCCAAACGCCGCUCAGGGAAAGACAAAAAGGCGAAGGCGAAGCGUGCCGCCGCCGGAUUCGUUACUGUCACUUCGAUAUACGCAACCCUCAUCUGGCUCGUUGUCCUGAUACUAAUCUUUCUCGGUGUAGCGGCUUUAGGAAGACUCCUACACUUCUAUUGGUCCAUGCAAGAAGGCAGUAAUGCCUGGAAUUCUAGCGACUCCCCUGCUUUGGACGACGCGUCCGGCCAUCUCGGUCCGGUUCUGGUGACUUUAGAGAGCGAAUUAGUGCCAGUCCGUCAGGCUCCGUUAGAGACGUCUCACGAUAGCGCGUCUCACAAUAGCGAAGCGCAGGCGCGUCAGAGCCCAGUUCCUGGAGAAAACUCGGAUGCUGAAGGCGCGGUUGUUGUAGGUGCGAAAGGAAGCGUCGAUGCUGCUAGCAGCAGAAGUUCUGUUGUCGCUGGAACAAGCAGCGCGAACAGCGGACCACUCAUACCGCCGCCGUUCAGAGCCAUUGCUCUGGCGGAGGGUGGGACAAUGUCACAGCUUCAGACGCUCUGCCUGGCGCCAGCUGUCGCCACCGUAUUGGCCAGGAGGUUGCAGUCAGAGGGGGUGACGGAGACGGCCAGAGACAGUGAGAGCUCCGUUAGCUCCGUCAAUUCUGUUAACGCUCGUGACAGAGGCCUGGUCACAAUCGUAUGGAGGAAGGGACGUGCGGCGAGUGACGGAGGAAGCGGAGGCAGCAGCACGACCACCACUGGAGGCAGCAGCAGCAGCAGCAGUGCGAGUGAUUUGAUCCCUCAUGCGCCGUUUGACGCUCUCUUUGCUGGCCCUCCUGACAGGGAGAGUGUGAGAAGAGUGAUCCUGGCGGACUCCGAGCCUGCUCCUGCUGGAGCGGCUGUAGGUUCGGCAGAAGGAGCAGCAGCAGCAGCAGCAGCAGUAGGAGCAGCAGCAGCAGGAGCAGCAGCAGCAGGAGCAGAAGCGGCAGGCGGAUCAGCAGGAGAUGCAGCAUUGCUGCUGAGUCUGAUGGUCGCCUGGCCGGACGUUGCAGUGCGAGGAGCUAUGCCCACCGACCCGCCUCUCGAAUCCCUCAGAUGGAUCAAUGUCUCACUACCACCUUGCGCCUCCAGUGCUGCCAGCGCCAGUGACAGGGGCACUGUUGGCAACAGUGACGGUAACAGUAACGUUGACAGUAACAGUGACGGUGGCAGGCGCACAGAGGGGCUUGUGACGGAGAGCGACACUGUUGUGCCUCUUCUGGUUCCCAGUGCAUUGUGGAGCCUCGCUUUCCAGUCCCUGUCACCCCAGGAGGCUUGCAUCGCACGGCGCCUAGAAGCCGCCUGUCUGGGCGGCCUGCAGCCUUCCCCAGCCGUUGCUGCCAUCAUGCUCGCCCACCCCGCCUCCGUCCUCUCCAGGCUCCAACGCUCCACUGCUGUGUACCUCGAGGCCAAUGAGGAUCUGCCACCUGGCACCUGUCCAGGCUGUCCAGAGGACCCCCUUGUAGACUGCACUCUGCGCACCCUGGCGUGGCAGUACCUGGGGGAGGCAUCUUCUGUGGCACAAGGGGAGGUGUCUUCCGUAGCAGAGGGGGAGGUGUCUUCUGGUGGAGGCAGUUCUGUAGCAGCGGGGGGCCGAGUUGACUUCAUCAUGAGUGCGUUCUGGGCGGCAGAUGCGGCGGCUGUAGUGCGCACCUUCCACCCCCUCCGCGCCCCCCUGCUGCUGGAUGUUACCCUCUCCCGCCUGCAGGCCUGCCCCUCCCCUAGGGCCGCCAGGGCGGGAGGGGGCGGGGAGGGGGGACGGGGGAACGAUGUCGGAGGAGGGCGUAAGGCGGGAGCAGGAGGAGGGGUCGAUGGGGGUUCAGGAGGCGAAGACGGAGGAGGAGAGGAGGGGAGACAGCUGGUAGAAGCAGGUACGACGCAGCAGGGAACGAGGAGGUUGUUAGAGGAGACAAGGGGAAAGAAAGGAGAGGAGGAGUCCAAGGAGGAGGAGGAAGAGGAGGGCUCGGGUAUCAACGCAACGCGGUGUGCGCAGCUGCAGGUGGCGGAGGCGUGGGUGGUGUCAGCAGCAGCGGCGCUGAUCCACACACGCGCAUCUCUGGAGGCCCGCUUCAUCGCCGCCCAGGCCACCGCCGCCACCGCCACGCGCAUGCUCGGGCUGGGGGGGGAAGACUUGGGAGGGGCUGUGGGGAAUGUACCUAGUGCUGAGAGAGGGGCUUUCUCUGUGCGGCCAGUGCCGUUCACUGUGGCGCCGACUGUCUGUGAGGCUCCCAAGGCGGUCUCGUUCAACCGGGAGCGGUUUUUGCGGCAAUUUAUAGUGGAUGAAAAUCUCAAGACCAUCUACUGCUUCGUCCCCAAGGUCGCUUGCACGGGGUGGAAGACGUGGUUCAGAGAGCAGCAGGGGCAGAGCAACGUGUCAGAUGUCUUCCUGACCCACGACAAGGCGCGGUCGGGCCUCCGCAUCCUGGCGUACCACUUCCCAGAGCACCGGGUGAUCGAGCUGCUGACCCGCCCGGACUUCUUCAAGUUCUCGUUUGUGCGCAACCCGUACUCGCGGCUGGCCUCGGUGUAUUUGAACAAGCACGUUGGUGGGGGGCCUCCUUACUCCCGGCAGUUUUGGAACAAGAUGUUCUUUCGCAAGUUCAUCCCGUUUCGACGCCUGGUGAAAGCCAAGAAGGGCGAGGACCUGUUCACCUUUGGGGAGUUCGCGUGGCUGCUGAGGCAGAUGGGCGAGCAGAGGAGGGGUCGCAUGGAGUCGCACGUGCAGCCCCAGAACGACGUCUGCCGGUUCAACAAGAUCCGAUUUGAUUUCGUGGGGCGGUUUGAGAAUCUAGCGGAGGAUGUGGGGAAGGUGCUGCAGAGGCUGAAUCGCACGGUGGGGGCGUCGGGCGCAUUCAAGAUUUCAAAGGACGCGCAUCCGACCAACGCUGGGGCCAAGCUCCUAGAGCUGUAUGAUGAGCAAUCGUUCAAGGAGGGCUCGCUGCUAUAUGCAAUGGACAUGGAGAUACCCCUGAACGGAAUACACUUUGAACCUCCUGAUUCAUUGGUGGAUAAAUUUGGCGAAUCGAACGUCACAUCCUUGACUCGUGCCCCCCAAGAGUUGAAAUAACACUUCAAAAUGCUUAUCAAAUUGGUUUGCGUAUAUUUUAUGAGAUGGUAAGGUUGCUUCUGAAAUGGCAUGAAUUAGUUGGACUAGACCCACCCUCAUCAGUGAGGUAUACAGUACAUUUAUCACCGAUCUUGACUGUUCUGUACCGUCCUUGCUGGUUUUGACAAAGGAAACCAGAUUGUUACC